UGGUAACAUGUCAAAGUGCCAUCCCUAAUAACUGUAUUUCACACGGUUCGAUCGGAUUUAAUCAUUAUCACAGAAAUAAUAGUUAAACACAACAAAAUGAGUGUCCUGAGACAAUUGUACACAAUCAGCGCAGGUCUGGGAAGACGUUCCCUGUGCGGCAAGGCGAGAAAAGUACAAAACGCAGCCUUUGGGACGCAACUACUGACUGCAGCAACCAGCAAAACACAAUCAGCUGUUUUUGGGAGAAGCAACCACAAUAGCCACUACUACACGUGCAUCUGCAGGACGUGCACGUGCAGGUCCUUUCACAACAGUAAUUCGGUUCAGCAUGAUGCGGACCAGACGGUGGCCACCAACAGCAUUCCCCUGGCCGAGCUGCAGACGAAGAUGCAGCUGAUCUACACCUGCAAAGUGUGCCAGACUCGCAACAUGAAGACCAUUUCAAAGGUGGCUUACAAUCGCGGCGUCGUCAUUGUCACCUGCGAGGGCUGCUCCAAUCACCACCUCAUCGCCGACAACCUCAACUGGUUCACGGACCUCGAGGGCAAGCGCAACAUCGAAGAGAUUCUGGCGGAGAAGGGCGAGAAGGUGAUCCGUCUGGUCGACGGCAACUGCGAGUUCCUGCCCAAAACCGAUUAAAGAGACCCCGGUUCGCCGGGCUGUCGUUUUAACUAUA